AUGUCCGCCCUCACGUCCUCCACGUUCGUCACCAAGUCCGUCGCCGCGACGGCGACGAAGAGCUCCCGGGCGCGACGCGGCGCGCUCGUCGUCAUGAACAACUCGAGCGGGCCGAAGCGGGGCACGAAGGCGGCGCCGGCGCAACGCUCCGUCGGGUACAAGGGGUCCACCGAUGCGGGAUCCGCGCCGAAGACGCGCUCCGGAAAGUCUGGCUACGUUUACAAGCUCGGCUUGAAGAACGGCAAGGCGAACGUCGACGAGUACUCCCCGAUCUGGACGCCGCAAGAUUUCAAGUCCGACGGUGACAAGUACGAGGGUAACCUGACGUACUGGGCCAUCACUUUGGCCGGUAUCAUCGGUACGGGUGCGCUCGCGAUCAUCCUCACGUCUCAGCUUUAA